AUGGCACUGAGUAAAUAUGGGGUGAAACACAAAGUGGCAACCCCAUAUCAUCCCCAAACAAGUGGCCAAGUCGAAGUGUCGAAUCGGGAAAUCAAAAAAAUCUUGGCAAAGACAGUAAAUGUCAAUAGAAUUGACUGGUCUAGGAAACUCGAUGAUGCACUAUGGGCAUAUCAGACUGCUUAUAAAACACCUAUCGGUAUGUCUCCAUAUCAGGAGAGAGUAGAGCAGCUAAACGAACUGGAUGAAUUUAGACUCAGAUCAUAUGAAAGUUCAGUCAUCUAUAAAGAGAAGAUGAAGAAAUGGCAUGAUGCUCGGAUACUCAAGCGGGACUUCAAGGUAGGAGAUUGGGUUUUGCUAUACAACUCGCGACUUAGACUUUUCCUCGGAAAGUUCAAAUCCAAAUGGUCUGGACCGUUUAGAGUAAUACGAGUGUUCAUCAAUGGUGCCAUAGAAGUUGAAGAUCAGGAAGGACCUCCAUUUACAGUGAACGGUCAACGUCUGAAAUUGUAUCUGGGGAUUGUCAAGAGAUUUCAUUUGUCGAAGUGGUAUAUCUGGAAGGCGUCUGAAGGCGCUGCUGAGUCGUGCCUCGACGUUAACUAA